UCAUGAAAUGAUGAUGAGGAUUGAUAUGAGUGUGAAUCCAAUUGGUUGUGUUUCCUAGUGGGUUGAGCAUGAUUUGGGAUACUUGCCCCUUGCUGCUUUGACUUUCUCAUUCAUUUUUGACCCUAGGCUUGCCCUAGUGGUCCUAUUACUCACCUUUGAGUUUGUGAUUUCAGGUUGACCAUCAAAUGGCCAUUGAGACCAAUUCUUUUGAUUGAGCUUACCCAAGUAUCAUUGUCUAACCUCUUUGUUUUGUAGGUGGCUUGGCUCACAUGCCCUAAGCCUUAUGCCUUGCACAUCCUUGUGCCCUCUAAUGGACUGUUGUUGUCUGUUUCUGUCUGUUUUGUUUGAAGUUGUAUACUAACACCUGCUUGACUGUUUCAGGUGCUUUAGUUGCUUAGUUCCUUGUGAACUUUUUGCUUUGCUUUGCUUGUAUAAGCAAUUUGCAUUGAGGUGUCAGUAUUCAACCGGUACGCAUAGUUCGUCUGUUCAGAUAACCUGCUGAGGGUCAACAAAUCCAAGCUGAUGGAUCUUCUCAACGCCGAUGUCCUUGAGCUGAAAGGGAUGAUGAGGGAGUUGUUCAGUGUUGUGCAAGGGCUUGCCUUGGGACAGAAGGCCAUGUCUGAAAGAUUGGAAAGGAUUGAGAAACGGUUGAUAAUGGAGAAAGUUCAGGAGAAGGCUCUGUCCUCCGAAGUGAACAAACCUUCUGGUACUGUAGCAGAGAAACCCUCCGACAGUGGUCCAUUCAAGAAGAAGGUUGAGCCAGUUGGUGUGCCUGCAAAGAAAGAACGUAGCAAAGAUCGUUAUCAUCCUUACGCUGCCACCGUAUCCACUCCUGUCAGCAAAUCACCUGUUCAACAGCAACAACUGCCACCUCAACAGAAGACACCAGGGGCUAAGAGCCAGGUGAAGAAGAAGAAUGAGGAUCGUCAGAUGGAGCCUUACCUGCUGUUGAUAAUGCUUAUGCCGCCGUCACUACAGAAGAGUGUGUAUUGA